AUGCUGUCGAUUCUGCUCAAUCCGCUUCCAUAUCACAUCUUAGCCUAUGGCACCUUCUUAGGCAGCCAACUUUACCAGUCCUUCAUCAACACCAAAAUCUGCUACCGUUCCCUUCCGCCCCAAAACUUCAAUAACCUGAACAAGCGCCUGUUCCCGGUCUAUUUCCGCUGCCAACUCGGCCUCGCGCUGCUCACCUUUGUCACCAAACCUGCUGCGUCAUGGCUGCAGCCGCCCGUGGCGAAUGCGGGCAAUUUGCUACUGAGUCUGGCGACUGCGAUGGCAGGGUUGAAUUGGUACAUUUACGGGCCACGGACGAAUGAUGCGAUGCUUGAGAAGGCCAGGGUUGUGAAGGAGGCUCGGGAGGAAAGCGAAGCAAGCAACAAUAAGAACAAUGACACCAAUGACACCGAGACAGCAGCCCUUGUGCAAAAAGUAAAGAAAUCCUUCUCGCACAAUCACGCCAUGUCGAUCCAUCUCAAUCUGAUUGCCAUGAUCGCGACUGUUGCGUAUGGGAUUGUGCUCGGCGAUAAGCUUGAAUUGAAGUAG